UGGAGCAGCGUCGGGUGGGCGGAGCCUUGUCCUCCCUGCGCGCUGUCAUCGCGGGAGAUAGGUGCUGGAUGGACCUCGCAAUGGUCCGUGAUCCUUCAGUCGGGAGGCUGAGAGCGAAAGAGUGCGAUGGGAGAGCGACUCGAACCGCUGGUUUAACCCCUCAAGGAUAACUCACCACGGCCCCAGCGGCCGGGACGCCGCUCACGUUGUGAGGUCCAACUCUUCCAGCUGUCGUUCUGCACUGGCGACAUGCUGUGAGAAAAGACUCGGCGCUCCUCAGACACUUGUCCUUGACUUUCAAAUGCUGUGUGUGGAACGUCAUGCCAGUCACCUUCUGUGAGUUAUGACGACGGCUGCUUCAUUGACUCAGGAAAGAAGCUCCUCCUACACUCACCAGUGAGCAAAUCACAUGAUGUAAUGGGUCCUAAAAGCCUGCUCUUCAAGGAGUCUGCCAGCAGGAUAUGAGUAUUUUGAGCCCUGUGACAAAUAACAAAUCAGACCUUGUGGGAAUUGUGGGAGGCCCAGAAGAAUACCCCAGAGUCAUGCAGUCAGAGGAUCUAUUCAGCAGGAAACUCAAAGCCCUGAAUGGUGGCAUGGGACCACCGACCUCCAACAUGCAAGGGAAACCUGAUGGUUCAGGCAAAACAAAUGGUACUCCAGCCAUGCCUAAAAUGGGCGUCAGGGCCAGGGUGACAGAAUGGCCACCAAGGAAAGAUGGAUGGGACGGACGGCCUUCCCCAAACUAUCAGAGCGUGAUACCAGUGUUUCAGAAUGGCCAGCAGGAGCAUACUGUGGAAUUACUGGAGCAAGGUGAAGCAGUUUGUCUGGAAGUAGACUAUUCAGACAAAUACACACUGAGUGACCUCCUCUGCCACUCGCCACAAAAGGGUCUCCACCCAAUCCGUCAACGCAGCAACAGCGAUGUCACCAUAAGUGACAUAGACUCUGAGGACAUAAUGGACCAGAAUGCUGUCAAUCCAAACACUGGGGCCUCGCUGCACCGAGAGUAUGGCAGCACAUCCUCCAUUGACCGUCAGGGCCUGAGUGGGGAUGGCUUUUUCACCAUGCUUAGGGGCUACCGAGUGGACACCCUGGACCACCGUAGCAUACCUCCUCUGGGUUUCCCUGAGUUGUUGCGUUGUGAUGCCUCCCUUUCCCCCAGCCUGCAGACUGCGGCCCAGAUUUCCCGGGGUGAGAUAGUCCACAUUCAAGGCUAUGACUAUAUAGACACUUCUCUCCUCUACAACCGGGAGCAGGAGAAGUCCUUCAUGAGGCGUCUCAAAUCAGAAUCAUCUGAAACCUCUCUGUUCAGGAAACUGCGGACCAUAAAGAGUGAGAGUGAUGCCUUCCGACUCUCAUUAGAGGAUGACCGGCGACCGCUCAGCUUCCAAAAAUGCUUUGCCCACUACGAUGUCCAGAGCGUUCUUUUUAACAUCAGUGAAGCGGUGGCAAGUAGAGCUAACCUGAGCCAGAGGAAGAACACAACUACUGGUGCUUCAGCUGCCUCAGCUGGAGUUGGCCCUGGAGUUGGAGGAGGGGUUGGAGUAGGAGUUGGACCUGGACCUGGACCUGGACCAGGGGCGGACAUUGGAGCAGCAGGAUGUAGCAGUGGAAAUGCCCCCAUGUUUGAGUCCCCACUAGGCAGCAGGGAGGACUUGAACCCCAAAGAGAACCUGGAUGCGGAUGACGGGGACGGGAAGAGUAACAAUUUAGUGCUGGGCUGUCCGCACUUUCGCAAUGAGAUCGGUGGUGAGGGUGAGAGGAAGAUAUCCCUCUCCAGAGUCAACAGUGCCAACUACAGUAGUGUGUCAGAGAGCUGCUCUUUUGAAUCAUCUUUGAGUUCUCACUGCACCAAUGCAGGAGUCUCUGUAUUGGAGGUGCCUCGAGAAAACCAGCCAAUCCACAGGGAGAAGGUCAAACGCUACAUCAUCGAACACAUUGACCUUGGAGCAUACUACUACCACAAAUACUUUUAUGGGAAAGAGCAUCAAAACUAUUUUGGGGUAGAUGACAAUCUGGGACCUGUGGCAGUCAGCAUCCGCAGGGAGAGGUUGGAUGACGGAAAGGAGAAAGAUGGAAUGCAGUACAACUAUCGGGUCACCUUCAGAACCAGUCAGCUGACAACACUCCGUGGAGCCAUCCUGGAGGAUGCCAUUCCUUCCACGGCAAGACACGGGACGGCCCGCGGCCUGCCCCUGAAAGAGGUGCUCGAGUAUGUCAUUCCUGAGCUCAAUAUCCAGUGUCUACGGCUGGCCCUCAACUCCCCCAAGGUCCCGGAGCAGCUCCUGAAACUGGACGAGCAGGGGCUGAGCUUCCAGCACAAGGUGGGGGUGCUUUACUGCAAGGCGGGACAGAGCACAGAAGAGGAGAUGUACAACAACGAGAGCGCCGGGCCGGCCCUCGAGGAGUUCUUGGAUCUGCUCGGCCAGAGGGUGCGGCUCAAAGGCUUCACCAAGUACAGAGCUCAGCUGGAUAACAAGACCGACUCCACAGGCACACACUCUCUCUACACCACCUAUAAGGACUACGAGCUGAUGUUCCACGUGUCCACCAUGCUCCCCUACACACCAAACAACAGACAGCAGUUGUUAAGGAAGAGGCACAUUGGCAAUGAUAUCGUCACCAUAGUAUUUCAGGAGCCCGGGGCCCUUCCGUUCACCCCAAAACACAUCCGCUCUCAUUUCCAACAUGUGUUUGUCAUCGUCAAAGUCCACAACCCCUGCACCGACAACGUCUGCUACAGUGUGGCUGUGUCCAGAUCUAAAGACGUGCCUCCGUUCGGUCCCCCUAUUCCCAAAUCUGUAACUUUCCCAAAGUCGGCAGUGUUCAGGGACUUCCUGCUUGCCAAGGUCAUCAAUGGAGAAAAUGCCGCACACAAGUCGGAGAAGUUCCGAGCCAUGGCGACUCGCACGCGGCAGGAGUACCUGAAGGACCUGGCGGAGAACUUUGUUAGCACUGCCACCAUUGACUCUGCUGUCAAAUUCAGCUUCAUCACCCUCGGGGCCAAGAAGAAGGAGAAGGUGAAACCCAGGAAGGAUGCACAUCUGUUCAGUGUGGGGGCCAUCACCUGGAGCGUCCGUGCCCGGGACUUCGGCCAGUCGAUGGACGUGGACUGCUUGCUCGGCAUAUCCAAUGAGUUCAUCGUCCUCAUUGAGGAGGACUCAAAAAACGUGGUCUUCAACUGCUCGUGUCGCGACGUCAUUGGAUGGACCUCAGGGAUUAUGAGCAUUAAGAUCUUCUAUGAGCGCGGGGAGUGUAUCAUGCUGUCCGCCCACGACAACUGUGGAGAAGACAUCAGGGAGAUGGUGCAAAGACUAGAGAUCGCCACCAGAGGUUGUGAGACGUCAGAGAUGACUUUGCGUCGGAACGGCCUCGGACAGCUCGGUUUCCAUGUCAACUUUGAGGGCAUCGUGGCCGACGUGGAGCCCUUUGGCUACGCCUGGAAGGCGGGGCUGAGGCAGGGCAGCCGACUGGUGGAGAUCUGCAAGGUGGCUGUCGCUACCCUCACCCAUGAGCAAAUGAUUGACCUGCUGCGCACCUCUGUCACUGUCAAAGUGAUCAUAAUCCAGCCUCAUGAAGACGGCACCCCACGGAGGGGCUGCUCCGAGCUGUACCGCAUACCCAUGGUGGAGUACAAGGUCGACAGCGAGGGAACACCCUGCGAGUACAAAACACCCUUCAGGAGAAACACCACUUGGCACCGUGUGCCCACAGCUGCUGGUCCACCGCUAUCCCGAGGCUCGCCAACACAGGGCCCCGAUCGCCUGCAGUGCCAGCAGAUCCUUCAGCAGCACCAGGCAGCUAUCCCACGAAGCACCUCCUUUGAUCGGAAGUUGCCAGAUGGGUCCAGGACAAUGCAGGAUAUUGAGAAUCCCCAGGUCACCUCAUGUAACAAGGGAGACCAGCACUACCGCAGCUCCCCCAGUAACCAGUCCUCCUCCAGUGAUCCAGGGCCCUGUUGCAGUAGCACCUGGUCCCAGCAGCCUGGAUACGAUGGGUGUCCCUCCCCUAUUCUUCAUGAGCAUGCAGGGGACAUCCAGGGGGGAGAUGGGGAGGUCCACAGGGAGAGAGAGCCCACUCUUGAGAGGACGAGAUCUGCUGAGGCCAAAUGGCACAUCCCCUCCACCAAGAUCCUGAACCCGCUGAAGCAAAGGGAAGGAGGAAAGGACUCACCCAACAAGCUAUCCAGGACGGGUGAUAAAAACUCAAGCCACUCGAGUAGCAACACUCUGUCAAGCAAUGCCUCCAGCAACAGCGACGAUAAGCACUUUGGCUCUGGAGACUUGAUGGACCCGGAGAUGUUGGGCCUCACUUACAUCAAAGGGGCGUCCACAGACAGCGGCAUUGACACUAAUCCCUGCAUGGCCCCUGGGGCCCGGGUGUUGCUGCAGGGAAGGAUGGGAGAGCAGGGACACCCCUGGGUGUCGGAGCACCAUGAGGAUGGGGCGUCAGAAGAGGAUCAUGGGAAACUGUACUUACCACAGGGCUACGCGUCUGCCAUUUUGUCUAGUCAUGCGACGGAGGGCAGCAUCGGAGACCUGAGCGAGAUCUCAUCCCAUUCGAGUGGCUCACAUCACUCUGGCAGUCCGCUCGCCCGUGGGGCCAGAUACUGUAUGUCCGCUGACUCCUCCAAGGUGUACACCAUCCCUCAGACCAGCAGUUCAGGGCCAGGUCCUGAACAAGAACCAGAACCGGGGCCCAGCUCAGAGGCCUGUGGACAGACACGGCCCGAGCCCGGUUGCAUACUGCCGAUGGGCAUGAAGACGACUGAUGCUGUUGAUGAUGAUGAUGAAGCCCACAGCACUGAUGGACCUCCCAACAUUUCAGAGUGUGGGCAGCUGUACGCGCAGGAGGCCGCCUGCCAGCUCCAGGCUGCUGAGCAGGAUGGAAAAUCACUGCAGAGACUCUCAAAAGAAGAAUACCUCAAAUUGAUGCUGCCCGACAGCCCUCCAGGAGAAGACAGGAGUCGGAAGGUGUCAGCAGUGGGCAGUUUAUCACCGAGACGCUCCCUGUACCGGACGCUGUCGGACGAAAGUGUGUGCAGUAACCGUAAGGGUUCGUCCUACGCCAGCUCGCACAGCUCCAUGCUGGACCAAGCCAUGCCUAAUGACAUCCUAUUCAGCACCACCCCACCAUACCACAGUACAUUGCCUCCUCGCAUGAUCCACAACCAGGGAGCGUCCAACCUGAGAAAUGAGUUUUGGUUCUCUGACGGCUCCUUGGCGGACAGGUCCAAGGUCAGCGACCCGGGCCUCAUGCCCCUCCCAGACACUGCCUCGGGCCUGGACUGGUCUCACCUGGUUGACGCAGCACGAGCCUUUGAAGAUCAGCGCGUGGCAUCUUUCUGCACCAUGACGGACAUGCAGCGGGCCGAGGCUUUGCAGAUCUCCAGAGAGCUGACCAGACGGGUGGUGGAGGCGGAGGGAGCAGCGCUGGAAGCAGACGGCUCCCCCUCCACACUCACGGGCAAAGUCAACCAGUUGGAGGUGAUCCUCAGGCAGCUGCAGCAUGACCUCAGAAAGGAGAAAGAGGACAAGGCGAUGUUGCAGGAGGAGGUGCAACACCUGAGGCAGGAUAACAUGCGGCUGCAGGAGGAGAGCCUGACGGCGUCGGCUCAGCUCAGGAAGUUCACAGAGUGGUUCUUUCACAGCAUCGACAAGAAACCCUGAGAGAGAGAGAGAUAGAGAGAGAGAGAGAGAGAGAGAGACCUGCAAAAAGAGAGAGAGCGAGAUGGCCUUCACUCCUCCCGGGCACCCACUCAACUCCUACUUAAGACUCCCAGAUGAUCCACAGGCAAACAAACUUUAAAACAAACCAUUACAGGCCCUCCCAGAGCAAUUAAGACUCUUUAAACAGCCCCCGUUGGGAGACUGUCUUGUGUGGGGAGACGUGAAACCCCGAUCUGGACCUUAGUUUUGGGAUCCCCCUCUGUCUGCAGUGCGGGGCUGUUUCUUACGUUAACGGUUUCUCCAUAAAUGGCAAACAAGACUCUUGGGAAGCGUCCUCAUAUCCGGUGCUGGAGAGGAAUCGAGAACCCCGAGGGGCCCCGCCUGAGUCCCUGGGAUCUUCUUACAGUAGUGGAAUGUAAAGCUCAUUUACUGUAGUCAACAUAUAAUCUACCUACGUAUGUCACGUCAGUCUACUGUACUGUAUACUCAGCUGUACUGUAUCAUACUGCGCACACUGUCACACAGUUGUUCCUGUGCCGGCCUUCACGGACACAGGAAAGUAGGGAGGGCGAGGCGGGCGUGGAGGAGGGGAGGAAUGUACUGGACAUAAUGAAGUGGUACUUACUGUCUGCUUGCACCAAGAGGAAUCCACACGUGUCGGUCUUGAAAUGUACUGUGGGGAGGAAAAAUGAAUGUAGCUCAACCGAGACCCUUUGAUUUUCUCUGGAUUCCCAAAGUCACAUAAAGUUUCAAGGUUUGAUGUUUUUGGGCCAUUUCUACUUUGAAUUAAUUCCACUUUUUCUUUUUUCUUUUCUUUUUUCUUUCCUCAGUGUUGUAUUGUAGGGUCACAUGGCAGUAAUUUAGAUGUUUUAAUGGUGCUUUUCCCUACACACACACACACACACGUUUGUCAGUAGUUUCCAUUCACUGUCACACUGUCCUAGCAAUAACAACGUGGUAGUUACAAAACUGUGUUUUAAAACAAAAAAAAGAAGAAGUUAGCACAAACGUGAAGAGUUCCUGUCGAGAAGCAGUUGUAUUUGACAUGUAUUUAUAAAGCAGGAAGCGACUGUGCCUAAAACUCUUGGUUGUAAAUGGAUUGUUUCUCUUUGCUUUUAGUUGUCUUUUAUAAACACAAGCCUUGUCUGUGGCUCACUGAUAUGAAAUGAUGUGUAUGGAUGAUUGUGUGUGUGUGUGUGUGUGUGUGUGUGUGUGUGUGUGUGUGUGUGUGUGUGUGUGUGUGUGUGUGUGUGUGUGUGUGUGUGUGUGUGUGUGUGUGUGUGUGUGUGUGUGUGUGUGUGUGUGUGUGUGUUGGGGGUAGUCUCACAUCAAAAUGUGUUCUUAUGCAGUGGUUUCUAGAGCAUUAGAGCAAGCGCCAGUGAACCACACUUACAAUGCCAAAUGUGUUUAUUUCUGUACAUAUCUGCCACAGAAGUGUCUUGUAUUUAACACUAUUAUUUAAGCUUAUUUAACCUAAAGUUGUUUAUUUUAUUAAAGUUAUUUGUUUUGGGGUUUUAGGUUUUUUUUCUGCACUAAGGAGAGAUAAAGCUCUGUGUAUGUUGUAAAGUGUGUAGCUUGCCA